AUGGCAAGUGCCAGCUCUAAGCGACCUUAUCGCCCAGAGCUUUCGUUAUCGUUCAUGGAGCCACAUCCCAUGAAGGCAGACUUGGACACGGGCCGCCUGACCUCCAAAUGUCGCGACCGGAAGCUGACCACGUUCCUGGACUUGAAGUUUGAUUACCACAGCGAGUUCAUAACCCGCCUACGCGAACAUGUCCAGACUAGCAAGAACGACUGGUUUCAACUUUACCUCUCCGAGGCCGACAGACGCUCCUGCGCUGAGAAAUUUGUGGAUAAGUAUGGCAUGACUUACUGGGGCACUGAGGAAAGCCGAAAGAAGCACUUGCUACCAGAUGCCUUAGAAGAGCCUGGAGCUCUCUGUACCUAUCCAGAGCGGAAGGAUGAGAUUAUUCGGACGGUUGCCCUUCUGCUUGAAAGAAAAGCAAAUAGUAAUGCCAAGCCGAAAGAGAAGAAAAACUCGAUGGAGUCAGUAGCUACGCCCACCCGCACCUCUGCUUCUGUGCCACCUUUCUGGGGAGGUUCGUCCCUUGGAACCUCAACUCCAAGAAUGGGCACUUUCAAGCCUGCAACGGAUCCGAGAAGUGAUGGAGAUCACAGACAAAAGAAACGCAAGAUGUCGAUCGAGUUGGGAAUGGAGACACCAGAUCCUAGAGCCCAAAAGCUUACAGCUUCGGCACGGGGUGCUAUACGCCCAUUUAGCUCGAUCGUUGCUCAUGAGGACGAAAAGGCUUCAAUUCCCUAUGAGGAAACCAACCUCACAGCGCACCCAAUCGUCGCAGACAGUAACAUAGCGCCCAGCACUGAGAGCGAUCAGGUCAGCAGCUCCGAAGAAAAAUACCAGAAGGAAACCAUGUUCCUCGUGGAGGCUUCCAACCAGGAGGGUAUGGCGCCGGUUUGGGUGCCGUUUCAAAAUUUUCCGUGCUCGUCUACGUUUUUGGCGCACAUGGCGGCUGAAUUGCAGGCGGUUCUAGCCGCAUCUGUGAAGUUUGAAUGGUCGGGGUUUGAGAUUCGUGUGCGUCAGGGGAAGGACUGCGACUGGGCUAUCGUGGUUGAUGCUCUCCAUAAGGCUUGGAAAGCCAAGGAAUUGGUUCUAGAUGAUAGUCCAGUCCGGUGCUUUAGGAUAAGAGUGAUGCUUCAUUUGACUUGA